UUGCGGCAUGUGGGAUCUAGUUCCCUGACGAGGGAUCGAACCCCGGUCCCCUGCACUGGGAGCAUGGAGUCUUAACCACUGGACCGCCAGGGGAGUCCCUUCCUCAUACUAUUUUCAAGACUAUUCUCUCUCAUCUCUAACAUACCUCAGCUUUGAAGCACAAGUCAGUACCUGUCAUAAAUCUUGGUGAUUUAAAUAUCCAUGUAGAUAAUCUUUCUAACACUCUGGUCUCAGUUCUUUGCUCCUCCAGUGAUCUUGUCCUCCACCCCCACUUCAGCUACUCAUUCCCUUGGUCAUAUUCUAGACCUACCACUACUCCAUAUCUCAAUCUCAAACAUCCCACCCUCCCACCAUUACUUCCUGUCUUUCCAGUUUAUUCCACAUGCCUUCAUUUCCCUCCUCCCACUAAAUUCCAGUCAUGAGCCCUUCGUUAAGGGCUCACCUCCCUUGCUUCUCUCUGGCUUUUGUCACACUCAACUCUUCACCAACUUUACUCCUAGAUCCAUGCAGCUGAAAGGGCUGGGAAGAAACAGGUUGACUUGUCUUUAAAUUCAUUACCAUAAAACUUGAGUGAAUCCUUUAUGCUACUAGCAAUAUCCCCUGGUCCUUUUACUUGCCCUUCCUUUUUUUUGGCCAUGCUGCAUGGCUUGCGGGAUUGGAGUCCUAACCACUGGACCGCCAGGGAAUUCUCCACUUGCCCUCGCUUCUGAUCCAUUAAAUCUUCAACAUCCCUCAUUCUCAGUUUUACUUUGGUAGAAAAUAGAAACAAUCAGAAAAGGUUCACAAGCUCCUACCACUAUACCUACAUACCUUCCAGCAUUUAUACCUGUAAGCUCUGCUUUCUCUCUUGUUAUUGUAUACCAGUGAUUCUCAACUGGGACUGAGUUUGCUCCCAGAGGACAUUUGGUUGAUCACAACCAAAAGGAGGUGGUGCUUCUGGGUGGAGGCCAGGGAUGCUGCAAAAUAGCCUACAAUGCACAGAACAGCCCUCCACAACAGAACUGUCUGGGCUUAAAUGUCAUUGGCAUCAAGGUUGAGAAAUGCUGCUCUAAACAAACUGUCCAGGCUCCUGUCCACCCAGUCCCAUCACCUGGCUUUCAAGGACAUCUUUCAACAGUUCUCCCUCCUUUUCUGUAGCGUCAGUUUUCCCCUUUCUCUCCUGGAAUAUCCUGUUGGCACACAAAUAUGGUGUCAUUUUUCUUACCUUACAAAGACAUAAACCUCUCUUGACCCCAUUUCCCCUUCCAGUUGCUUCCAAUUUUCCUGCUCAAUUUUUAAAAAACGUUUUGUUUGUUACUAAGUUUUUAAGUUGAAUUAUAGUUGACUUACAAUAUUAGUUUCAGAUGUACAGCAUAGUGAUUUAGUAAGUAUUCUUAUAGGUUAUACUCCACUUAAAGUUAUAAAAUAUUCACUGUAUUUCUUGUGCUGUACAGUAUAUCCUUGUAGUUUGUUUAUUCUGCUCUGUUGUAUAGCAGAACAUCUUAAAGGAGUCUUUUCCACUUUCCACCAGUUCCCCAGUGAGCCCACUGCACCAUGACUGUUCUCAUCACGGUCACCAAGGACUUGCGCAGACCUAAAUCUAAUGCCGUCUUCGGCUUUAUCUUGCACAGGCUAUCAGCAGCAUUUGACACCCCCUCUUUGAAACAUUGUCUUUACUUGGCCUUAGGACGUAGUCUCUGGUUUGCCUCCUAGUUUACCAAGUACUCUUUCUUAGUCUGCUGGUUUCUCCUCAUCCCCAUAGUGCUCUAGAGUUCAGUCUUUGGACUGCUUUUCUGUUUACAUACAUACCUGGAGUGAUUUCAGCCAGUGUUACACAUUAGAGCCAUUUCGAUGUGGAUAACUGCCCAUUUUUUUCGCUCCAAUCAGGACUUCUGUCCUGAAUAUCUAGCUGCCCUUGGCGUCUCGACUUGAAUGCUUAAUAGGCAUCUCAAAUUUAACAUAUACAAAACCGAACUUAUUUUCUCCCCAGCUUACUGCUGUAGUCUUUCCUAUUUCAGGUAAUGACAACUCCAUCCUUCUAGUUGUUCAUGUUAAAGUGUCUUGGUAUUAUCUUUGGCACCUCUUUUUCAUCUCCUCCAAUUCAUCAAAUCACGUUGACUUUACCUUCAGAAUACAUCCAGAAUCUAAUUGGUCACUUCUCUGCUGCCACCCUAGCCCAAGCCAGAAUUUUCUGCCUCCAAGAUCAGGGGUCCCCAACCCCCGGGGCCACGGACUGGUACCCGUCGGUCAGCGGCCUGUUAGGAACCUGGCUGCACAGCAGGAGCCUGGAAAAAUUGUCUUCCACGAAACUGCUGUCCAAGAUUAUUGCCGUAGCUGGUCUACCUGCUUCCACCAUUUCCCUCUUACAGUCAAUUCUCAACACAGCAGCCAGAGUGAAUGGUGUUAACACGGAAGCCAGAUUGUCACUCUUCUCAAAACCCUCUGUGUUUUCCUACCUCAGAAUAAAACCCAGAGCCCUUUAAAGGCCUGUAAAAGCCUCCAUGACCUGCUCCACCCUUCCUCAAGUAAUGCUUUGACCUCACUUCCUGCUACUUAUCUCCUCGUUCACUCUGCUCCAGCACCAUUGGCCUUUUGUUCUUCCUUAAACACUGAAGGUGUGCUGCCCCUCAAGGCCUUUAGACUUGUUGCUCCCUCUGCCUGGGAAGCUCUUUCCGGAGGUACAGCCUUUAAAUCUGCUCAACUUUUUUUCGUGAGGGCUUCCUGACAACCCUACUUAAAAUUGUACUCCUCUAGCACUUUCUAGCCCACUCCCCUGUUUUAUUUCUCUUUGUAGCGCUUAGCACCUUGUAAUUUAAUAGUUGUUUUUAUUAUGUUCAUUGUCUAUCUCUCCUUGUUGGAAUAUAAACUCCCUGAGGGGAGGUGUAGCUUGUUUUAUUCAUUGGCAUAUCAUCUCCCAGUACUUAAAACAGGGUCUGGCACAUAGUGGACAUUUAGUUAGUAUUUGCUGAAUGAAUAUAUAAGCUGAUGAGGAACUAAACCAAAGAAAUAAUCAAAGGACUAUAAGGUAAGACUUGAGCUAAAAGAUUUUAAAAAUUAGGAUUACAUGAGCUUGGGAAAAGAGGAAGUUUCUGAUUACUUACUAAGUAGAAAGUGAUGAUAAAUACUUUUUUUUUCAUUUGCAAAGGAUAGACACAUAAAUGGGUUGAAACGCAUUAAGGCGUGGAGGUUUAAAGUAGAAACUUCGAGAUGGAAGAUAGAAGAUAAAUUCUUGUUGAAUAUAUUUGAGAACAGGAAUAAUCUGUUUUUCUAGGCUUCAGGAGUUUUCAAGUAUGUUAUUACACAGCCUCAGGUAUUUAUUUGUAAGUUUUUAUUAAUAUCAUGGGGUGGAAUGGAUUGUGGAGGAAGGACCUUCUUUGGCACUGCAGCCGCAGUUCGUAUUGCGUAGUCAGGGAGUUCUCUCCCUAGGAAGCUUUGGGCUGUUGUAAAAUCCUUGUGUGUCCAAAGCUUUGGGCUACCCAAGGGUGGACUCAAAAAGUUUGUGGAGCCGGGAGAUUAAAAUCUUGGCUCCUUGAGUCCUAAAUUAUGGACUCCUCUUCCUAGCUGUCUUUCCUCCUGAGUCUCACUAACAGUAUAGGGUGAGUGUGUACUGCUGAUUUCAACAAAUGAAGGCAAUGGGGGAUGUCAGGCCCCUAGACAGCAUCUCCAGCCAGGUCAUGUAUAGGGCCCCAGGGCAGGCUGACUGAGGGAUCACAGGCAGGCUCCUGUUACGUACGAAAUGGAACCUGUUCCUCAGCUUCUCUAGCCAUUGGACUAGUCCUACCCCUGAGCUCUAUGCCCCUGCAGUUUGAAAUCUUCCCAGAUUCAUGACUGUGAGGGCAGCCAUAGGACUUGAUGAAGGCAUGAAUAUUGUCGUACCACUUUAUGAAGGCACAUGUGCAACUCUGACUGCAUGGUUAGGAAAAGUGAGCAGGGACGAGGUGAGCGCCAUUGUCAGUUUGUACUCUGGGACGACUGCCCCCACUUUAACGGCCCUGUUCCUGUAUAACUACCUGCUUUUGGUUUGUCUUCAGGUCCUGCUCAGGGAUGCAGCCUGAGGGAGCAGGAGUGUUGAGAGAGGUAGAUGCCAAGUUCUCCUUUGGUGGUGGCUUCUGCACCUGCUCUACGACCACCAAGUCUUCAAAAGCCUUUUGGCUACAGAGAAAGGAAACCCCAGAUACAGAAGGGGACAGAAACCCCUCAGAGAAGCGGAAACCAGGGUUCCAGGUCAUUCUGCUGAAGGCAGGAGUGGAGGGCCUUACCAACUGUGGCAGAGAUGCCCAGGACCGGGGGCCCUAAGAGGUCAUGGAGUCACAACAGACUCACCAGCCUUGACUUUGCCAUUGGUGGAGACGGCUGAGAUAGACAGGCUGGUGAUAGUAGUGACUGAAGCCGAGAGCAAGCAGAGUGCUGAGCCCACACCUAUGCCGGCCUGAGCAGUGAUCCAAGGCAGCUGCAGGUGUGCAGAGUCCAGACUUUCUUCACGCACCCCCUCCAGCCCAGUCCAGUGAAGGAAGCCUUUCUGGCCUGGCUCACUCCACCAGAUCCCCAUAUCCUACUUGGCUUCUGAAUUUGCCUCGCUCAGCACCAGGGCAUGACCUACAAGUGGAAGGGGAGAGGAGGUCAUCUCAGCAAUCCAGUGAGCUUGGGCCAUGAGCGUCUCAGACUCGGCACAUCGUCCCUCAGACCCUGAACAAGUCUCUCUUCCAGUCCAGAAGGACAGCCUUGGCCUCCCUUUGCCCACCAGGAGAACCCCCUCCUGGCCUCCGUCCCCAGACCAGGAUCCUGGUUUGCCCCCCUUUCCUCUGGAAGAGCCUGGCCCCAGGCCCAUGGCCCCGGGGAGCCUUUUCUCUCCAGCCUUGUCCCUAGAGAAAGAAGAGGAGGAGGAAGAGGAUGAGGACGGAGAAGACGCAGAGGAGCCCGAGGAGCUGCGCAGCGAGGCGCAUCCCAGCCAGUUUUUUGCGGAGGCACAGCGGCUGCGAGAGCAGAGGUUGUUGCUGGAUGAAGACGUGUCAGUCGGGGGGCGAGUAUACGGGGUGCAUCGGGUGAUCUUGGCCGCAGUCAGCAGCCUCUUCAGAGGCAGGUUGCUGGGCAGCAGAGGUCUGCAAUGCCCCCUCAGCCUGGAUGUAACCCCCGGGGCCUGGGAGGCCAUGCUGACCUUUGCCUAUGAGGGGGUGCUGGGACCCGCCCCACGGGAGGAUGUGCUGGUCGCGGCUGAAGCCCUGGGCGCACCCCGGGUGAAGGCUGCGGCCCAGUGGGGACGCGAGGGGGCUGGAAGCACCCGGGAAGAUGAAAAGCAGCCCAGCCAGGCAGAGGAACUGAGAGAGAACCUGCGCACCAUGGAGCUCCUGUACCAAGAAGGCAUCGGGUGUGACCUGGAGCUGGAGGCAGGCGGCUGCCGGCUGCGGGUGCACCGAGCAGCCCUCGCCUGUGGCAGUGAGUUCUUUGGGGCCAUGCUCCUGAGCGGGAUGAGGGAAUCCCAGGGCACAGAGGUGUCUCUGCAUACCAUCUCUGCCCAGGACCUGCGACUCCUUGUCUCCUUUGCCUACUCUGGGGUUGUGCGGGCAAGGUGGCCGGGACUGCUGAGAGCCACCCAGGCUGCUCUGCGGUACCAGAGCUCUUCCUGCCUGGCUCUGUGCCAGAGAGCCUUGGCACAAGGCCUCAACCCUGCCCGUUGCCUGGCCCUGAUCCCCAUGGCUGAAGCCCCUGGGCUGGAGAGGCUCUGGAGCAAAGCCCGUCACUACCUCCUCACCCACCUGCCUGCUGUGGCUUUGUGCUCCACUUUCCCGUCCUUACCGGUUGCCUGCCUGGCUGAGCUCCUGGACAGCGAUGAGCUACACUUGCAGGAGGAGUUCGAGGCCUUUGCGGCUGCACUGCGUUGGCUAGCUGCCAACCCUGACACCCAGGAGUCAGAGGCCAAGGCCCUGCUUCGAUGCGUCCGCUUUGGCCGUAUGUCCACCAGGGAGCUGCGGAGGGUAUGGGCGGCCGGGCUGCCUCCACCCUUGAGCCCGGACUUGCUGCGUCAGCUGAUGGUGGAGGCUGAGGUUCCAGGACAAGAGAGGCGGAGGGAGCCUGACCAGGCACUAGUAGUGAUUGGCGGGGACGGGCUCAGAUCAGACAUGGCCACGAGACAGCCGUCCCGAGGAGUGUGGUGGGCCCGGGCCUUUCGCUGCGGCGUAGGACUGGUUCGAACUGUGGAGUGGGGACGGCUGCCUGCCCUGCCUGCCCCCGGGCGCUUUCGGCACGGGGCUGCGAGCCUAGCCGGAAGUGAGCUCUACGUGUGUGGCGGACAGGAUUUCUACGGCCACUCUAACACCCUGGCUUCGACUCUCAGGUGGGACCCCAGGCAAGAGGACUGGGAGGAGAUGGCACCUUUGUGCCAGGCUCGGAGCUUUUUCCCCCUGGUGGUGCUGGAUGGACUGCUUUAUGCCCUGGGUGGACGAGACAGUGGUGUUGCCCUCAGCUCUGUGGAGACUUAUAGCCCCAAGCUCAAUAUCUGGAGGCCGGCACCUGCCCUUCCAGCACCACGCUUUGCCCACGCAGCUGCUGUUUUGGAGGGCCAGCUGUACGUGAGCGGUGGCUGCAGCGGGACUGGCCAGUACCUGGCCUCGUUGCUGCACUAUGACCCCAAACUUGAGAAGCCGGGGACACUUCUGAGCCCUAUGGGGGUACCUCGGGCUGGCCACGUCAUGGCUGCUCUGGGUGGGCGGCUGUAUGUAGUGGGUGGGCUAGGUGAGACUGGGGACCUGCUGAGCUUUGAGGCCUAUGAACCAAGGACCGAUAGCUGGACUCACCUGACCCCCCUGCCCUCGCCCCAUGUCGGGGCUGCAGGCGCUGUGCUGCAGGGGGAGCUACUGGUGAUGGGGGGCUACAGCCACCGUACUUAUGCCCCCUCCCACCUUAUCCACGCCUUCUGUCCUGGCCUGGGCCGAUGGCUGUGCCUGGGAACUCUGCCGAGGCCUCGGGCUGAGAUGCCUGCCUGCAUCCUGACACUGCCCACUGUGCAGCAAAUAGCUUUGGUUCCCACACAACACCAAACUAAACCUGCCGGGUGAAGGGGGAGUGGCAGUGGAUGGCGUGAGGAAGGGAUAAGAAACAUUUUGAGAGGAUAGAAAUGAUGGGGGCAGGGAUAAAGAGAAGGCUUUAUUCAUGAUCAUAUUUCAUUCUAGCACAGUGCUUUACAACUCACACAGCGCUUUUGUAUGUAUGAUCUGCAUUGAGGAGAAGGUGGUUCUGGAAUUCCUAGGGAAAGAGCGUUGGGGAAGGAGAGGCAGCUGAAUACCUAGGUAAGGAGAGGAGACCCAGGGGCAACUAUACAAGGUUUAGAUUCUUGGUGGGGAAAGUGCAUCUGGCUGGGCAGACAGUCAAGAAGCGUCAAUAGCCAAGGUGUAGGGGCCAUGAGAGGUCAGUUGGGAAAAUGAUAUUCUGAUCAAUGGACGAAGGAGAAAAACGUGGAGAGGCCAUCCGUGAAAGAGCUGAGGAGUGUGGGGGAAGGACUGCGAUUGCUGCUUCUCUUUACUCUCCAAUCCCUGGGACACCCAAACCCUCCUGACGAGGUUCUUUCUCAGGUAAACCUGUAGACCCAGUCUAGCGUUUCCUCAGCCAUACACCACAGGCUGCCCCUAAGAGCCCCUUGGUUUUCAAUCUGAGGAGGACGCUCCUGUCUGGACCCGGCACAGCACAGGGGCCCGAGAUGCCAGGGCGACGAGGUGGGAGUGCUGCAGGCGGGGAAGAUGAAGACGGGAAGGAUGGAGGCGCCCAUGGCGGCAAAGGGAUGAAACAGGAUUUGAGGGCAUGGGGUGGGAGAAGUCAGGAGCCUGGCUGGCUUCUUUCCUUCCCUUUGGGGUGAAUCGAGGGAUCAGGAGAGAAAACAGUACAGUGUGGUGUGAGGUCCUAAGUUGUGAGAGGAAGUGGCAGAGAGAAGAGUAAAAGGCAGAGGAGGCCCAGAAAAGUGGUUCCUUCCUCUGUCCCUUUCUUCCAGUUUUUUGAAUCCAUUUCCCUUUUUCUUGGCCAGGGAAAGUUGAGUCAGAUGUUUCCUCUCUCUCUUUCUCCACCCUGCUUUUCCUUCCCUCUUUUUGCUCUCUUCUAUCUUUUCUCCUUUCUCCCUCACGGUUAUUAAUUAUGUACCGUGUGCCGGGUACGAUGUGGGGCACUAAGGAUCCCAAGGUCAGGGAGCUCCCGACCAGCACACAGACUUGUAAGCAAAUACAAGUUUGACAGUGGACUUAGAGGUAUGGACACUUGCCUCAUACCUCUCCCGAGAGCCGCGUACCUCACAUGCCUCGUAGUUGAAGGUAUGAGAGCCCAGAGGAUGGAGGAGGGAACUCUGUCCAGGGAAGACUUCUGUUAGGAAGGCAUCAUCAGAUGGGUGUAGAUUGAACUGGAUCUUGAAGGCUUCCUGGAAACUCACCUUCAGAGAAGGAGGGAGGCAUUCCAGUCGAAGGAAAGAAGCAAAUGGGGCAUGUGGUGCCCUGUGUCUCCAUAGCAAAGGGGAAGUCAGUAUUCCAGGGAUUCUUCAGAGAAUUCUGCUCUGUGCCAGCCUACUCUCUUCCCUGGAGCCUUCCUGAAGACAGUGGCUUUCACCUAAUUGUAUGUUCUCUUCCUCCACAACUCCCCUACGUCUUUCCUGUCUGGUAUUUCCACUUCUGACCCCUGAGCAGCUUAAGGCAAAGAAGGGCCACUUCUUUGUACAGGUCAAUUUUCUCUUACCCUUGCUAAUUUAGAUUCUCAUGCUGCUAAGGGUGAGAUGAGGGAGCCUCCCUCGCAUCUUUCUUCAUCCCGGCCAGGAGAGACUUGACAUGUUUUUGUUUAUUGUUUUGAGAUUUCAUUAUUUUAUUAAGGUUUCCUUCUAUAUCUCUGUUUAGGAACAUAGUUGAAAGUGAGGAGGGGUAAGUAGGCUAUAUAUGAGAACAGAGAAGAAAGAUUGAAGAAGACAGGGAAGAAGGAAAUCGGAAACACUGAGAAACUAUGAGGAUUGAGUCUUUAGGGUGAACUUCUGUGAACACGCUCUGUGAUUUGUAUGCAAAGACAGGCUUAAAUAAAGGUUUCACCAU